AUCUGUUUGAAACUCGGCAGUCGACUUUCACCUGUCAGCAUGUCCGGCAUUAUCGUUUUUCUGUGUCUUCCAGUCAUCGAUUCCGGUUUUUGUUUCCCCUGCGUCAUGUGUGUGGUAUCCACAAGCUAAUACUCCAUAUAAAGGUCUUUAGCAAGAAACUACCACUACUUCAUAUCGUGAUCUGUUAUCCGUAAUUGGGGUCGGCCCUGCAAUGUCCAGGGCAGGUAAUCAAGUAAAGCUCGCGUCAAUUCAUUCAUCAUCCUUUUCAAAUGGCUUCAAGACCGAGGAGAUACUACCGUCGUCAUCAUCACCGCUCCCGAAUCCGAAGCCGACGAAGAGGCCCCACAUCCUGGAACUGCACGAGAUAUUCCUGAUGCACGAUAACCGCGGUGACAACAAGAUCUCCAUCAUCGACCUGGGUGACUGCCUUCGAGUGAUGGGCGCCAAUCCCAGCGAGGCGGUCGUCAGGGAGCACAUGAGAAAGCUGGAGGCUGGUGGCCUGCCCAGGAUCUCUUUCGACGAGUGCCUGGCCGUGUACUAUAGCCUGGGGAAGCAUGCCAGUCGAUUGAGCUCCCGGCGCCGGGAAAUUGAAAGGGAUCAGCUCAUAUCCGGAUUGAGGCUUCUCGACCCUGAAAACUCCGGUUUCCUGUCCGCCAAACAACUGAUCCACAUACUGACCCGCUGCGGCGAGUGUCUGGGCCAGGUGGAGGUGGACGAGCUCCUCCAGGGCCGGAUCAACGACAAGGGCAUGGUCAACUACAAGGAUCUGAUGCAGUUCAUAGUGUCGGGCUAGGGGGGAAGUCGAGGCGAGGACGCGGAAGGAAAGCCCAGAAAGUCAUUUUAUUAAUUGACAGGUGAAAGUUGUUUCCAAAUAAACAGUGUAUGUUACAAUUCCCAGGCAGGGGAAACUAAA